AGUUCAUUCAUUCAUUCAUAAAGAGAACCUCAUUGGAGGUGGAACCAGUUUAUACAUUUAUUAAACUUGAAUUAAUUACAACAAUACAUUCCCUGUACCUAUAGUGUAUAUAAUUCGAAUCAUAUGUUGACUAUAAAAAAAAGCUUUUAGAAAUAUAUAAACACCAAACGAAAGUGUGAAUCCCCUCGGUCAUAAUAAUUGAUGUACUUUGCCCGGGUGUUUGGAAAAGAAAUAAAGAUAAAAUUACAAAUUAAUUUCCAAUUUAGUUCCGUGUUCUAACUUUAGACAAUUAUCUUAUAAACAAUGGGUGUACCAGUAUUAGAUAGUGAUAAUGUGAUACCUAAAUACAUUGGUGCAUCAAGUGAACAAACCUCUCAAAAUCAAGAGCAUACCUUUUCAAAACAAAAAGCCUUAAAGGAUAUUAUUGCCAACUGCAAGGAAUUUCGCAUCGAUUGCAAUCGAAAUAAUCUUCGUAUCAUCGGUAAUGGAAAUAAAGUUCGUAUCAAUAGGAAUUUUGGUAAUCUAGAUAUCGUUGGUAAUGACACGCGUAUUAAAAUUAUGAACAAUAGUGGAGUCAUCAAGUACACUGGUAACAGUGGUCGCAUUUAUCUGGGAAGUGAAUCACCACAACAAGCUGUUGAUUACAUUGGAUGCAAUGGAAUUCUUAAAGUACUCAAUGCUGCGGACAUACGAACUAACGGUGGCUUGUUUACGGAUUGCCAAGAAAAAUGUAAAUCACCUUCAACAUCGUCUUUUUUGUCUUCAUCGAGUAGUGAUACAGAAAGCGGAAGUAAUAGUUCUAAGUCACUGCCAUCUUUUAAUCGUUUUAGCAUCAGAAAUAAUAUUUCCUUGCCAAAUUUAGUAUACUCCGGCAGCUGUAAAAAGUCAGCCAAUAUAACAAACAGCAUAAAUUUCUCAUGUAGUACCGGUAAUAUAAUAAUUAAAAAUGCUAUAAAUGUAGCUUUUUGAGUUUUAUACUUGAUCAGAUAUGCAAGAAAAUUUUUUUUAGUUUCUUUAUUGCUGCAAAGACUUUUUUAAUUCUUGCCCUAUCUUACAGACAAUGCCUAUAAAUAAUGUAACAAUUGUUCCUAUUUAAUCACUAUUAUUUAUUAUUUUAUAUUACGUUUGAUACUGUAUAAUUAAUUCUAGCU